CGCACGCCACUGCCUCUUUUUAUCGCAUAUCUCCAUUUCUCUCCUUUUUCAAUUCCAUCAGUUUUCUCGUCGUAUUGAAACCGUUCGGAUGUGUGCAAGUAUUGAGUGCCAGUUUUCGUCUCCAUCUCCGUCGUCACUGAGGGAAAAAUUUUCUUCCGAUAUGUGCCAGUUUUGAAGUGAAGCACUACGCGCGGCGGCUCCCCCGAUUAUCCCGACAAGCGGAAAUUGCGAAAGUCCCUUUGUCUGCACUCGCGCGAGGUACGUGCAAAGGCCCGGAGCCCGAGUGGCGUUUUGCGAAAAAUUCGACCCGAGAACGUUUGGUCGGUGGAAAGCAGAAAUCCGUGGAUUCGCGGCGGCGGCGGAGCAGCAGCAGCACCCGACGUGCACGAAAGUGUUGUUGGCGCACGACCGAAAUUUCCAAAGUGCGGUGUGGCGAAAAUUGAUAUUUCGCGCGAAAACAAAAACCCCAAGAUCUGGUGCGGCGAGAUCGUCGAACGGCCGCGUCGCAGGAGUGAAAUGGUCUCGACGGCGUCCCGCGGAGCUGGGAAAAUGUGAAGUUUGUGAAUGCCUUGGGCAUCGUCUACUCGCGUCGGGACACUGCAACGAUUCUGAUGCGUGUUCAACGUAGUUUCACCCCACGAAUUAGACAUAAGCCGAGCAUCCUUUAAAUUUGUGAAGAGAAGUUAAUUUGAAGACAACCAGCCAGGAUAAAAGGAAUAACACAGAACAUUGGAGAAGCGAGGAGGACCAUCUCAUUGGAACGGCCAAGCUUAAUUUAUAAAUGGUUUCUAAUUUUAUUAGUCUCCUAGAUAUUCAAUCAUGGUGGGAGAUUCCUUGCAUAGCACACUUUUGUUCUUUGUUUAGUUCAGCAUUUAAUCUUCCGGACAUAGACAUCGAGGACUUGGAAUCGGCCCUCUUAAAUGAUGGAACAGAUGAUACAGUCGGCUUACUACCAGAACUAAUAGUUUGCCUUCUAAGGGGUUGCGAUGUAUUGAAGAACCGCAACGAAAUUACCACGAGUAACUAUCAGAUGUUCUUGAGGCGAUUCCUACGUCGUCAAUGUCGUCGCUAUAAUACAGAAAAUUACUUUGAUACCGAUAUUGACUUCCAGUCGCUACCAUUGCGAAAUAAACUUUUGAUUCUGUAUUCGUUGUGUCACUUUCGACUUGAAUCGGACAAUGUACAAACAAUUCUUGCUAAUCUAGAAGCCGAUAGUCUACGUGUCGAACCACUCGGUUAUGAUUCCAAAAAUUCUGGAUAUUGGUACUUUUACGGAACACGAUUGUAUCGGGAGGACAUAAAACCGGGCGGCAAAAGUUCAGUUUGGCAAGUUAUCUGUUUCACCGAGGAAGAUUGGCAAAAUUUGGCAGCAAAGUUUCAAAAUUCCACAAAUCCAAAACAACGUGCCUUGUAUAGAAUUUUAACAAAAAAUUUCAUACCGAAAUUACCACAAUUGUUCCGUGAACGUGAACGCUUAAGGAGAAGAAAACUCUUGCAAGUGCGAAAUUCUCCCCGAAUACAUAGCCUGCUCGAAGAGAAGCAAAGAAUCCUUGCACAAAAACAAGAAGCUGAAGCGAACGAACGCCGAAAGCUCGAGGAAGAACAAAAAUUGCAAGCGGCUCAAAAAUAUCGGACCCGUACAAGAAGACGAUCUCAAUCAAGUUCAACAGCGAGCGGGAUCUCAACGUAUGCCAGUUCGAUAAGAGCAUCAAUACCAUCGAGUGAAUUUCUUACUCAACACGAAACAUUUUGUCUGUCGCCUGGUCUGGGGGACGGUGACGGGGAGAGCAAUUCGCCAAAACAUAGCUCUACUAACCACAGCAACGACAACGCGAGUACAAAAGAAGUCAAUAGCGACAACAGUGACGAAGAUCAAUCAUUGCCUAUAGUAAAGGAACGCCGAUUAUCGGAAAACGAGCGAGAAGAGAAGGGUCAACUACGCAAACAUCGCAAAUCAAACCAAGUGGUUGAUUGUUACGAGAGUGAUGUUGAUGCCCAAUCCGGAAAAAAAUCAAAUCAUUCAAUAAUCAGUAAACGGAAUAAGAAAAAAUACCAUAAAACAAAAGUUUCGAAAAGUCAUCAACAGGAUCAUCGUCGAAGUAUUAGCAGUAGCUUCGAUAGCGACACCGAAUCCACACUGGCUCGGCGAAAGCAAGAAAUGGCCCCCACUACAAAUAUAAAGUUACCUGGUCGUCAAACAAACAAUUCGUUAUCGUCUAUACCAGAAAAUGUCUUCUUAUCGUCGGUUUUCUCCAAUACAAAUCAAUCGAAAAGCAGUAGAUCGAAAUCAAGUAAAUCGGCUAGUGAAAAUUCCAAGACGAAAGAGAAAGAAAAAGAAAAGGAAAAAGAGAAAGAGAAGGAGAAGGCGCCUCCUCCGAACACGGAAACGACUGGGGGUGGUGGCGGCAAUCAGAAAAAGAAGAAAAACAAAACAGCAGAAGCAAACCCCACCAGUAACGUUAAAACAAAUGCACCAAAUUCAUCAUCAAUCCUCCCAUUUAUUAGUUACACGGAGAAAGACGAAAUACUGCAGAUCGGAAUGCACAAAGUGCUUCUGUAUGUUAAAAACCACAGAGACGCAUGGCCUUUCAUGGAUCCCGUUGAUGAGGAAAUCGCGCCCAGAUAUUACUCAAUAAUUCGAAGACCAAUGGAUCUUCUAAAAAUGGAGGAGAAGUUAGACAAUGAAGAAUACAAAAAGUAUAGCGAGUUCCGGAAUGACUUCAAGCUGAUCGUGAAUAACUGCAGACUAUACAAUGGGCAAAAUAAUGAGUACACGGAAAUGGUUAAUAACCUUCAGGAAGCUUUCGAUAAGGCAACGAAAAAAUAUUUAGAUCAACAGUCAUCGGACGAGGAUGAAUCUUUAGAAUAUCCAGAUCCCAGGACGAAUGUUUUCAGAGAGAAGUCUUACACCAAGGCAGGUUCUUCUAAGGCCGCCCAAAAAGACAUUGAAAAUGAUAUUCAGAAGAAAGGCAAAGAAAAAGUGCAAGAUGCAAGCGGCAAUGAAAGCGAGGAUCAAAAUGAGGAAAAUGAUGAAAAAUCUGCAGAAAACAGAUUGAACAAAAAGAAGCGCAAGGACAAAGAUAAACGGAGAAAGAAAAAGACCAAGACUAAAUCACAUUCUGCAACUGCUGAGUCAAAUGAAGAGGAUAACGUUACCGACGAGAAGAAAUCAAUUUCGGAAGAUAAUUCCGAGGAAGAGGGCGAAAGUGACACCGUAUCAGCUGUGGGCAGCAGAGGUAAGAAGAGAUCCAAUGACAAGUCAAAGUUGAAAAGUUCAGAACCACCAGCAAAGAAAACAAAAACAAAAUUAAGUCAGAAGGAGAAGGAGCAACUUGAAAAGGAUGCGCCUAAGCAAUCUAGUAAAAAGGUGGCUGAUAAAAAGAGUAAAAAAUCUUCAAAGUCAAAACAUUCAUCGAAGUCAGUUGAGGUUGAUGCUUCCGAAGAAGAAGAAAUUAAAGAUGAAAAGCCUGUGAGUGAUGCAGAAAGUGUUUCUGAUUCCGGACACUUUGAAAAAGAAUCAAUGAAAUCAAGAAGCAGCUCGAAAAGAAAACACUCAGUAUCUCACGAACCCAUAAAGAACUCUAAAAAGAAAUCUGUACCUGCGGAGAAAGGAAAUCCAAUAAACAAUAAAACAACAGAAAAAAACAAUCAAAAUUCCAAAUCAAAAGGUGCCAAACCUGCACCUGUUCUGAUCUCCGAAGAGGCAGAGCCAGAAGCAAAACCUAAUAAUACAAAAACAUCAAAAAAUCGGCAAACUAAAGACAAUAAGAAAAGUUCUAACGGAGCUAAUAAGAAACGCAAAGGACGCAGAAAGAAGUCAGAAGAAAUGACACCCAAUACAGAAGAAGUAGUGGAGGAAGCAAUGAAGAUAGAAAGUGAUAAAGACGGCGAUGAAUGCGAAACACUAUCACGUUCCUCAUCGCCUCUAUUCAAAGUUGAUUUACAUGAAAAAUAUGCCAAAAGUGCCUCAAUAAAAGAUGAUGCCUCAUCAAGCGAUGAAAUGAAAUGUAAAUCACCGUCGCCAUCUCCCGCUAUCGACGCAAUCAAGGAGUCUCCGAAAGAGAAUAAUCAUGAUGACGACCUUCUAUCAAUAACGAGUCAAAGCUUAUCACGCAGUGCCAGCCCAUUUAACUCGUGCGAAUCGGAUGUUGACGAAAGUGAAAAUGUCAAGCCUUCCAAAGCAAAUAGCCAAAUGGAUAAAACGGAUGCUGCGGAUGAUACGGAAAAAUCAACACAAAUGGACAUCGAUCAACCACCAUCGUCCGCUUCAUCGACGUCAUACUUUUAUUUAGAUAAAUAUGAUCUCAUAAAGCAAAGAAGAAAUCGAAACACGGAAGAGAAAUGGAAUCAAAUUGUCAAAGAAGCCGAGAAAAUGAAGGAUACUAAAAAGGCUACAACUAAUAAAAGUUCCAGUUCAUCGCUAUCGAAAGAGAAAAAUCAGAAGCUAAAAGAAACAAUUGAAAAGCUGAAGGUGAAAAAUGCGAAAAGUAAGGAACGGUCAGUGCUUAUCGAUGAGAUAUUUGGUGUAAAACCUGCCCAACAACCGAGAGAUGAGAAAACGAUUUUUGAAAAGCUUCGUGAAUCUUGUUUCGAUGCGAAAUCUCCAACUGCUGCAAAGAAAACACACGCUGUCACAGCGGCGAUUGCUGCAGUUCCUGCAGAGCCAGUUAAACCGCCGCCGGCUCAUGAUGCAUACGAUUUUGUUGAUGAUUUAGUUCCAGCAAAGCCACCUGCAACAAAGAAGCUAACACCUCCUAGCGAAAAACCAAAUUCAGUUGGCAAAAAGGGUGCAUCGAAAAAAAAUUCAUCCAAUAAUGCUACUCCGAAAAAGUCUGCAGGUUCUUCGAACAAAACAAAUUUAGAAGCUCUUGAAUUAGAAACAGAACAAACGUUGAAAGAUAUAAACCGCUGGCUUGAGCACACUCCACGUUUUCCUGAGUUCAGUUCUGCAAGUAAUUCGCCAUCUCGAUACAAUUUGCUUGAUGAUUUCGAUGCAGUUACAUCUAAAAUUGACCCUAAUGAUUUUAGAAGGCCUGUUUCCAUUUCCGCUGCAAAAUUAGAGGCAGUAGUGGGUAUUGACGAAAUUGCAGACAAUAAACAAGAUGUUAUAGAGGAUUUAAUUCCACCACCUCCCCCCGGCGGUCCUGGGCCUAAUACCCCGACGGCUAAUGCUAACAUAAUAAGUACAACUGCAAACAACUCAUCAACCACAACUACAAAAUCAAAAGAACCUUCGGGGACAACACAAUUUCUAGCAAAUCCACCGCCUCCACCUCACGUGAAAAAUCAACAACAAAAAGAAUCUAAACGAAAAACGUUAAAGGAGAAACUGACGGGAGUAAACAGGCGAAAGGACCUCCUACGGACUAUUGACCGGCUGCAGCCCGGCAAAUCGAAAGGAAAUCUUCUUGGCGGUGUUCACAGUACCCCCAAAACAGAAGAAUUAUUCCCACCGGCAGCCACCAACAAGAUCAAGGAAGUUAAAAACUCACUCGUUGUAAAGACAGAUGAAUCUGGUCCAAAAUUGAGUAUGGGCAGUGUACUUCACACCGAAGGCUUUGGUUUGGGUCAACUUCACAAUUUUACGGACAGCGAAAAUGAAAAGAAACCAAGUGAUAAUAUUUUACCAAAUGUUGAAGAGAGUGAUAAGAAACCAACAUCUCCCGAAAGUGUCUUGGUAAAAAAAGAUGAAUCAGAGAAACCGAAAGAAGUGGAGAUCAAUAAAUCACCGCAAAAAAGUGAGAAACUUACUGCGACGCCCAACUUGAGUGCAUGGUUCAAAGCUUUUGGUGCACCAAAGAAGGCUAAAAAGGCAGAGGAAGAAGAGAAGAAAGCUGCAGAGGCAGCUGCUUCCUCCGAUACAUCUUUGAAUGGAGCUGAUCGCUCAAUGAAUGAUCAAACAAAUAGUACGAACUCGUUGAAUGCAAUGAAGAGUCCGCCUACAGCUGCGGAUACAUUUUCACUGCCUGCACCCCGACAACGGAAAGCCAGUACGGGUAGCACGGUGUCAGAACGAUCCUCAUUUAGCCAAGAUCCAGAUAGUCCAAGAGUCGGUAUUGACGAUCGCUUUGGGGCUUACGCUGGUCCUUAUCCUUCACCCAUUGGAGCAUCUCCAAUUAUGGUCUCGCCAAAACCAGAUGAAAUUGGAAAGCCUACCUCACCAUAUCCUUUGAACGGCGCCAUUAAAGUGGGUUUCUAUCAAGAUACAACGACCAAAAGUAGCCCUGAAAAGAGUUGCAGUCCUCGCGAACUUCCAUCAUCAUACCCACAAUAUUCACAGCAUAUUUAUUCUUCGGCAUCUUCACCGACUGUUAAUACAGAUGUCACCAACACAUAUGCCAGUUGUUAUAAUACAAGCUCAGAGGCAACCAAGAAUCCUGUGUAUUCUUCAACUCCGGCUACAACUCUUUUCGAUCAGUACAAACAGCCUAGAUCGCAAGAAUCAGAUUACAACUCAAUGAGUCCUAAUACAAAUUCCAACUCUCCUUAUCAGCAACCACAAAAUUCACCUUAUCAGCAGCAUCAGAACUCUCCCUACCAACAGCAAAAUUCUCCUUAUCAACAAUCACAAAAUUCUCCUUUCCAAAGCCAGAGCAACACAUCGAACAUGAUGGGGUCAUCUCCAAAUUCACCAAAUAUGCCCCAAACACCACAACAAUCGCAGGGUGAAUCGCCAAGAAGUCAGCCAAAUUCUCCAUAUCAUCAACAGACAAACUCACCCUACCAGCAACCAACUAGCUCUCCUUACCAUCAGAACCCCUCGUCUCCAUAUCAACCACCUCCGCCGCAAGCUCAGCAGUCAUCUCAGCAACCGAAUUUGGCUUUCGUGCAACAACAGCAGCAACAAGCACAGAGUAACCAAUCCCCAGCGGAAAACACUCAAAGGCAGACCUCUGCUGAUUCGUCACCGUAUCGUCCUGAACCACCUACAUACUCUCUUCAUGAAAACGUUGCUUCGGCUCAAUAUCAACCCCCAAGCCGAACUCCUAUAUCAAGUUACGACACCGAUAUUUCAAAGCAAAACACAUCUACUCCAAAUCUACUUAAUAAGCUGCAACAGGAACCAGAUUGGAAUACACAAAUGGAUCUCUCUGUUUCACAGACUCAUCAAUCAGAGCGAGCAUCGGUUCCUAUGUCCGAAUUGACCUCAAUAUCCCACGUACCAAACCAGCUGAAUACGCCUCCUCUUCAGAACAAUCAAAUGAACCAAUUGCAGAACGACAAGAACAUCGCUCCUGUCCAAUAUCCCAAUUACUCGCAAUUUGCAGGCAGUUCUCAGAAACAGGACACUUCGAAGACACAGAAUAUGUUUGGAAGUGACAUGACUAUGGAUAUGAGCAUGGGUAUGUCCCGGCAUCAGCAAGAACUGAAUAAAAGUGCUCAACAACAACAAGCAACCCUGAAAUCACAACAAAAUGAAGAGGCUGAUAUUUUGAAUCUUGGAGGUUUCUCCGACUCAACGACUAGGCAACAGAAACAUGAUCCAGUGCAGAAUACGAAUCAGAUGCCUGAAAAGCAGCACCAAUACGAUUCGUUGCAGAAGCAUCAACAAAUGUUUGAUUCAUUUUUGGGCUCGAUGACGGGCAACAAAAAUUUAGGAUUUGGUAAAUCGCUGGACAUUCCGUCUAGCAAAGCAAUUGAAAUGUUCAAUCGAGCAGCUACGAUGGGUUUCUCCAAAGACUUUUCAAACCCUCUAGCGGCGGCACAACAGAAAUCAACUAACGCCCAAUCAGUUGCCAAUCCCCAACCACCACAGAUCUCUCAACAAUCAUAUCAUCUUGCUUCUUCGGGGGCGAAGAGCAUGGAUUCUUCCUCAGCGGGAAAUAUCGUCCCGAAUUCGAUAAAGCCUUUGAAUAUGGCAAGUAAUAAUUAUCAACAGCAAAUGCAACAACAUUUGAACGAAUCUGUUGCUAGUAAGAUGUCAACAUUUCCCAACCCCAUGUCCAAUCCUGCGAACGAUAUUAACAAACUCCAACAACACGCCGCAUCGAAUGUGUUUGCUGAAACCAACAAGCAUGCACAGCAACUGACAGCAACAAAUUAUUCAAAUUCGGAUAAAGUUUCGAAUGAGGGAAUUGUUCCACCCAACACCAGACAGGAUCAUCAAAUGGGUCAAUUAACCAGAAGCCAACAAUUAAACAUGGACCUUUCAGGCUACAAGACUUAUAAUAAUCCUGCAGCGAUGCUAGAUCCCUUGCGUAACCUUAACCACCCGCUCUCUAUGAUGGACGAAAGUCUUCUUGGGCUUUCCGGCUCUUCAGCUCCGGCGGGAUAUUACGAAAAGAAUAUUCCGCCAGCUGCUCACAUGUUUAGUAAAAACCUAAGCCAACAAAUGUAUCAGAAUCCAUCUCCGUAUGGUGUUCCGACGCGGGAUCAACAAAAUAUUCCAAACAACUAUGGAACCUCAGCACCAGGCAACGUUGGCACCACGCAAAACAUGGAAAACUUCGAAACGAAGCAAACCAAGCGUAAGAAGAAAAAGACGGCAACGCCCAAUUCAACUGAAAUUGUUUCGAAUGCAGCUGCAAUGCUACCCACUCAGCAACAACAGUCACUGCAACCACAAAAUCCUCAAUCAUCGCAAGGUUUCCAACUUUACUCAGAUCUGAAAACAGCUUCCUCAAGCACUGCGGCCACAGAUACUUCGGCAAUUUCGUUGAAGACAGCUUCCAGUAUGGUGCCCGGUAGUGCUUUCAAUUUCGGCCCUUCACCAACAGGACUAGGUCUUCCUACAGGUAUGUAUGGUGACAAUUCCGGCUACUUAGAUCCGUACUAUCUAUCAUCAAGUCAUCGUACAACGGCCGAAACAACCAACGACAAAUCGGGCAAUGCAGCAACUGCAACGGCCUCGGCCACUCCAUAUCAAUUUUUGGCUCAUAAUCCUGUUCGACCAACAUAUCCAUUCAUGAAUUCACAACUGGAUCCCAAUUCACCUAUCUAUCAGCAAUUCAGGCAAGAGCAGGAACUACGUGCUCGUAUGAUGAUAAAUCAAGGUUUGUUGGGUUCAGCGGCAAGUGCGGCGGGAAGUUAUGCCCAGCCUGGCUAUCGGCCACCAACUUUAGGAAUGCCUAAACAUUACGACAUGAGUCGACAGACGUGGUUUUAGUAGGAAUAGUAAUGGCGAUAUCGAGACAAACUGUAGCAGUGAAUUUGUCAAUGAUAUCGCCUUUGAUUGAUGAAACCAAAGAGAAUAUGAUGUGUAUGUACAUAUUUCGUUUUGUAAUGAUCCUACGCGAAAAUGUUGAUUCAUUCACUUUCUGUUUCACUCAAAAUUCGAAUAUAUAAUUUGUAAUAAACGCAGAAAGUGUGCGUUCAGGGGCCAAAUGCGUUUGUCGCUAACAUUGAAGUAAUAAUUUCACGGAUUUUAAUGAAUGAUUUUUUCAAUUGAAUUCGCACAGCAACUGAAGGUGAAGUGUACAUUUCUAAAUGUAAGUGGGAACGGUUUGGCUGGAAGAAUCGGCGAUAAAAGGCUGCCGCUGCAAGCGCAAAAGCUGAAAUAUCGCCUCACUUGCUUUCGCCCAUUUAUGGUAACUAAUUAAAGACUGCUCUUCAAAAUGUCCACUUCAAGUUAUCCAAACAUUUGAUAUUGACGACUUCUUAUUACGGAAAACAAACUAAAGCUAGCCAGGGAGUUCGACGGAACCAAGGAAAACUCUUGAGUUAUGUAGUAAUUGAUAGUGUGAUAGGGUGACAUGAAGGUGCGAGCUGAUAUCUGUUUCUUGUUUGAUUUCUCCUUCCGACAUUUUGCCUAAUUGCUGGGAUUUAUCAGGAGAUAAUCUGAUUCAACUAAUUUUCACUACAACUUAAAUAAAAAGUGGUCAAAAGAGCAUUAAAAUAGUUUUUAUAAAGUUUCACUUGGAUUUAUCAUUGAAGGUGAAAAUAAAAUAACAAACAAUAAAUCUUAGGUAUCGCAGUAAAUAUCAUUGGUAACCUGUUUAUAAGCAGAUUUCUUUGUCCUGUGGCGUUAGCUCUCCCUCUCCUUAAAAGCGAAAAGCCCGUGGCAUCUAUUUUCGACCUCGCCCAGAUUAUUGAAGUUGCAUCCACGAAAAAGCGCGCUAUGCAGGGUAAGUGAUAAUCGAAUGUUGCAAGAUCGGUGUUCGGUGGCAAAGAAGUUCAUUCGCAUUAAGACUUUUGAACUUUUCCUUGGUUCGUCUAGUAGUGCACGGUUUUGUACAAAAGCAGCUGUUUUCCAUUGAUCAAAGCAGGAUUUUUCUGUAUUGGUCUCGAAACUUGCGAUCAAAUUGUACCCAGUAGAAGUUUUCAUGACAUACUCAACCAUUUGAGAGCAACUCGAAGUGAAAUAUAUUUUCAAAAUUCCCCCAGGCAUGCAAUGUCUUUCCUGAAAAUCGCUCACGCCUACCUGGGAUAGAAUCCAGUUAGAUGACAUAGGCCACAAUUCGGCCAAUGAAGUGGUUGUCAAAUGGAGCCUCCAGCAUGAUAUGUGCGACAUGAUUGUGCGCUUAUUUUUCUUCCACUUUAUGAGGCACACCGUUUUUCAAAUUCCGCAAAAACAUGCAGAUUUCAGGUAGUUGACAUUUUAAAAAUACUAAGUUCUGUGAAAGGUCUGCGAGGGCUGGUCGAUGGGUUUGGUCUCAGCAAUGAAGCGCACAGGCUCAGUAUUUACGGUAGUUGGUCGAGCUGAACGUUGCUGGUCUUUGAGCCAAUUUUGGUCCCACUUGAAUUUUCGGUAACAAUAUUGCACUACCGCAUUAGAGAAAAUAUCAUCGCCUUUCACUUGGCGUUUGUUUGUUUUUGUGGAAUUUUUCUUACAAUAAUAUCGUAAAACUACACAUUUACAAGUCCAAAUUCAAUUCAAAUGGUAAUUAGAUUACGACAAUGAUAAUAAGCUGUCAACUGUCACUUUCCCAUGACCAUUAAAAGGUGGGGGAGGAGCAUAGUCCCUGAGUACUAAGACCCCCUAGUGGUCCAUUAUGGGCGAUUGGUCCGCUUCUGAUGUAUAUUUACGUAUGGUCCUCAGAACUCGCAUAUAGCAUCCUUUGUGUAGAUGCGGUGUUAUGCGAUUAUCGUUACCCACAUUAGCAAUUUGAAGGAUAUUGCCGCCAAUAAGUCACUUUUUUAUGUUGGCACGACAUAUGGUGUGAUGAUUGAAAAUUUCACAACCACAUAGAAAUCGUGGAAAAUUAUGGUGAAAGCUUACACAUCAGAUUUUUGUAUAAACUCCUAAGUCAAUUCAUUUAUUGAAAAAUGUUCCUAAUAUAUCAGAUCUUUCGAUCUAAUGAAAAUAUUACUCAAAUCCCGACGUAAUUUCAUGUCGAAAAGGAAUGACUGUAAAUUGCGCAAAUCAUAUCAGUUUGACUAUUGUCUAGUGCCUUGAGUGAGGUGGGAUUUAUUCUUGUUGAGGUAAGUUAUAAAAUUCAGACGUUCUCCAUAGCCCAAUUAUAAUGACUGGCACUCUUUCUCCAUAUUUCAAGCCUGAUAUUGGUCGAAAAUUUUAUUUUAUUCGUUUACUUCUCCUUCGGGUGACGCCAAACUAAGCGAUAGUAAAUCGCCACUCUCUUUUGAAGCUGAUAACCCCUUUUCAAUGAACUGGUUAUUUCUGAAUUCAUAUAGAAAGUAUCAGCCUCUGCUUUCCGGACGCAUCUCCAUCUAUAAUUGUGGACGUAGCGCAAGAGGAUUUUGGGCACGAAUUUGUAAUAUUUAAACGAACCGCCACUUCUGGAGUGGCAGUACUAUAUCUCAAUGGAAUGGUUGAAACUUUCUAGGAUCAUUUUGUAAUUAAUCUGAUUCGUUUGGAGAAAAAUUUGUUCAUUUUUAUAAAAUACUACUUUUCAAGGUAGUCCUCGCCAAUAUUUUUACGCUUGUCUCAAAGGGUUAUUAGCUUUAUUAUACCAGCUGCAAAGGAAUCUUUGCUUGAAAGUUACGUGAUACUAAAUUGGGACUACAAGGGGAAUGCUACUCCAUUUUGUUGAUGAUUUCAGGGGUUAGUUGAGCAGUGUGAAAAUCACACCUCUCCUGUGAGGUCCACAAAGUUUUUCUCUAGUAGCUGGUUUCAAUUUGGUAAAAAGAAUAUCUGAGUAGUGUUGGCUAUUUAUUGUAUGAUGUUCAUCAAUGUAAUCCCAAAAAAUAUAUCGUUAGGGUCCCGAAAAAUCGUCAAUAUAGUUUCCUGCUAAUGCUUGGGUUUUGGAUUUUUUUUUAGCAAGUGAGUCGGUGUGCUUCCACUCUAUGCUUUGCCUUUUAGAUUCUGGCCCACAAUAGUAAAGUCACGUUUCAUCACAAGUUUUUGUUUUGUUUUGUUCAGGAAGGACUUGCCUCAUUCAUGUCGCUUCUUUAGCUUGCAUCCUUGUGUAUUCACGUCAAUUUCUUCGGGACCCAUCUUGCACAUAUUUUUUGAUACUUAAGCUUGUUACGGACAAUGUUAUCAACUGUACCAAUAUUAACUUAAGGGGGGACAGGAGAGCAGAUUAGGAGGCUUGUUUUACAUAUUUGUUUAGGAUUUUUUUAGUGAGAAGAAUUAAUUAUCAUCAUAUAAGUCACAUUUCGAACUACUUUUGACAAUUUUUGGAGUAAUUUAAGUCAAAAAUAACAAAGUUAUAUGAAAAUAGUCAGCCGAAGUUCAUAACUAGAGUUCUCCUAACUGCGAGCCUCUCAAUCUCUAAUUUUUUUCUGAAACCAAAAAGGUUUUAAUUGUACAUUGCUAAUAUUUUCUAAAAAUAUGAACCUCAAUGCGGGUGAAAAUGGGGAAAAUUAAAAGUUUAGAGUCUGUUGAAAAGAAAAUAUUUCAAUUUUUGCAAUUUUUUUCAUUAAUUAUGUCGAAAAAAUGCCUUUAGAAACACGAUAUCAUCCCAAAAGUUCAUGUCCAACAUAAUUUGAUCAAGAAUCUUACCACCAAAUUUCAUAUUGAUCGGUUUAUUACUUUUUAAGUUAGAAUUCCCGAAAAAUCCGAAAUGUCAUUUUGAAAAGUCGCCAUCCUGAUCUGAAGACUUAAAUAAGUUACAACAAAUACACAUGCGCUCGCCAAGUAUUUAUUGGCACACUAUUUACAUAGCGCUAUAAGACUAUAUAAGGACAAUCGAUUAAUUCCUGGGCACUCGAACCUAAGUCUGUACACGAUAAGCGUUCGGUGAUAUUCUCAUAAAAUUACAAGGAGCACGAAUUUCGCUUUGAAAUUUUUGCAGUAAAGAAAUCCCUUUGAAAACUUCCUGAUAUUUCCCCCCUUAAACUUUUUUUGCAAUCAUUUUCACUAUGACACGGCGAUCGGCAUGAAUGUUUUCAAUUCGAUUUUCAAGUCAGAAAGUUGAAGCUUUCCGGCCAGGAUCGUGUUUUUCAGUCACUGAGUUUCCAUCACAACACAGCAGGGCCCAUCGCCAAUUUGUCUCUUUAAUUAUUGAAAAGCCCUCGCAGAAGUCAAUAAGCGCAAGUGAAAUUAGAAACUUUCGAUCUUACGUAUUAAAUUCUUUUAAAUUUUCACCUCAAUCAUUACGACAGUUCUUGAGGUACAGUAAAUCAUCUUGCUGGUAUUAACUCCAUGCAUAUUGGUGCAGGAGAUUAAAUUUCUAGAAUGGAUCCCAGAGAAUUCACGGAAUUGUGGUAACCGAAAUAUGUGAAAUUGCUCUUUAUUUACUUUUGUCUCUACCAUAUUUCAUAUGGCAGGGGAAAAGUAACAAAGACUUGUGGGAUAUAGAAAACCUUAAAAAGACUUUUGAUCUGCAAUUUUUCUAUCUACAGUUGAACCUUCCAUUAUUCCUUGAAAUCAACAAAAUAUAAUAACUACCGUCUGUGCAUCAUAUUGCACAGUAUCGCUGAAGUAUUUCUAUCAUUCUCUCAAAUAAAAUCUGUUUUUUUUUUCUUGAUAUUAUCAAUAUGUAUGUCAUGGGCUAUAGUUUGUCUAAAGGGGUGUAUUAUUUCAAAGAUAGGUAUCAAAUAAUUGAGUUUUUGAUAUAAGAUUCUACCAAUACUCUUCAGAAAGACUAUCGAGACUUAAAUACUGUUACAAUUCAAUUGAAGAAAUCAUUUGUUCGUUCCUAUUCGGGGAAUAUUGAUUUUCAAGUCGAAUUAAAUUCUUGUGAAAUGUUGAAAUGCGUAUGUCUUGACUAUUGUCUAUUUUACCGGCUAAAUGUAAAUAAGUUUCGAAUUAUUUCGGCACUACAUAUAUUGUAAAGAAUUAGUUACAAGAAAAAAAUGAAGCAAAAUUAUAUGAAAUAUACGCGCAAUUACGGAUAUUUCAGUUUCAUCGAGAUAUCAAUAUUGUAUUUACAUUCAUUGAAAAUUUAAUGUGUCUUUAAUGUCUUCUGCAUUUAGAUUUUAAGUACAUAUAUUCAAGUGUACAAAUCAAGAUAAUAGUUGGAAACAUUUAUAUAUUUAUUACGUUAUUUUUUAUAGUAUAUAGUUUAAGAGAAAAGCAAACUUAUUAAUUGUUAUCAGAAAUGUUAUAUUUUUCGUUGCCCAAAAGCUAAGCAUAGAAUUUAACGAUGAGUGCUUCUAAAGCGAGUUAGUUUGCAACGAAGAUUCGAUGAUAUUUCGAGUUCAAAAGUUCGAAAGACUUGAACACUUUAAGUUUUUCUACUGUUCUCCAAAUUCGUCUUCGUUUCAUUUUCCUUUGCCUUCCUCAUCCUCCCUCCGGGACUGUUGAAACCUCAUUCUGUACAAAGUUUUCAUCGAAUCUGAAAUCUACUGAUCGCAACAUGAAGUAGUCGAUAGCAAGAAAAUUCAUGUUUUUAUAUUAUAUAUAUUCAUUUUAUCAUAUUAUAUUUCGAUCGUUCUCAUGGAUAAAAAUUAUUCGGAGAUAGAAACUCAACAUCAAAACCACUACACGUUUGUACAUUCCUGUAUAUAAAGAAGAUCAAAAGAUCGCAUUGAUCACUAAAAUAUAUUAUUUCAUAAAAAUGAUAUACCUCGUUCAAGACAUCGCUAUUCAUACGAAGAACAAACCUCUAUCGAAUGGGAAGCAAAAAAAAAAAUAUGUAAAGUUAAAGACGUUUUCAUGGUUGAAAACAAAUCAAUUUGUAAAUAUUUAGGAUGUAGAAAAUAAGAUAUAAUUUAGAUUAGAUUUAAAUAAGACUAAUCUGGUGUAGUCAAUAAGCUUUAACUUAAUGUUAAGGUAUGGUAGUAGUAGCGUAUUGAUGUAAAAGAAUUAGAUUUCAUAUAGUUACAGAUUAUACAAGGUUAAGGUGGAAUCUGUGAAUAAAUUAUUUCAUUUUUAACGCAAAUGUAAACCAUAAUAAAACGAAACUUCAAGAAAUGA